GUAUCUGCCAUGUUUCAUCCGUGUGGUCCCUGCCGUCAGCAUCAUGUACCACCAUCUUCCUUCCUUUAUGUUCAGCUCCGCUUUUCAUGUGAUCCAUCCGAGUGCUGGCACAGUGAGGAUGAAGAAGUGCUCGGAUGUGUUGACCCCGAGCAGCAAGAUAACAGUGUUGACCGUGAAAUGCAUCACAAAUGUGCCGGAGACAGAGUGAGAGAGAAACCCGGGAGCAGCCAGACUGCGAGCAGGACGCAGCUGCGAGGCACCGAUUCGGCUUCAUUCAGCACUGACUUUUUGUUUUCAUCUUCAUCUUCAUCACCACCAUCAGCCAUGUCAGUUCUUCCUCUGCGGGUGAAAAUGCUGCGGCAGGUCUGGAGGCUGAAAGGCGUCGUGAUUCUCGUCUGCAGCCCGUUCCUCCUGCUGCCGCUCGCCGUCAGCACCACGGAGGCAGCCUGUGCUUAUGUCAUAGCCCUCAUGGCGGUAUAUUGGUGCACGGAGGUGUUGCCGCUGGCGGUGACAGCGCUGCUGCCAACCAUCCUGUUCCCCGUCCUGGGCAUCAUGGAGUCCAAAGAAGUGUGUAUGCAGUACCUGAAGGACACCAACAUGCUGUUUGUCGGGGGACUGAUGGUCGCCGUAGCCGUCGAGCACUGGAACCUCCACAAACGCAUCGCGCUCCGGGUGCUGCUGAUAGUUGGAGUCCGACCUGCCCUGUUGAUGCUGGGGUUCAUGGGAGUGACGGCCUUCCUGUCCAUGUGGAUCAGCAACACGGCAACCACCGCCAUGAUGGUUCCCAUCGUCCAGGCUGUCCUGGAUCAGCUCCACAGUAACGUAGACCCUGAGCAUUCGGCCAAGAGUAAGAACAGGAGUGAGGCACUACCUCAGGAGCAUCAGGAGAAAACCAUCAGCAUCCUUCAAGCUGUUAACCCAAACAUGAUGGAGAUAGGUCUGAAUCUAUCAACCCAAACUCAAGGCAACUCAGAGAAAACCAGCAACCUACAAGACAACAUGUUGCCUGAGCAUAAAGUGGUGUCACUGGGUCAGAUGGACACAAAGGAGAUUGUCAAACCAGCACCACAAGACAAACCUCCAUCAGACAGCAGCAGCAGUCCCGUGGUCGUGACCGUGGAGAGCAACUUCUGUCAGAUGGAGCUGGAGGAGCUUAGUGACGUGGAGGAGGAGACGAGGAGGAUGAGUAAAGGCCUCCUACUGUCGGUCUGCUACGCCGCCAGCAUCGGAGGCAUCGCUACCCUGACAGGAACCGGGCCAAACCUGGUCCUCAUCGGACAGAUGAACCAGCUCUUCCCUCAGAACGGUGACGUGAUCAACUUUGCCUCCUGGUUUGCCUUUGCUUUCCCCACCAUGGUGCUGACGCUGACCCUGGCCUGGUUCUGGCUGCAGUUCCUCUACGUGGGCUGCAACCUGAGGAAGACGUGGGGUUGCGGUGCGGUCAAGUCGCAGAAGGAGCGGGCAGCAUACCAGGUCAUCAGGGACGAGCAUUCCCGUCUGGGACCCAUGAGCUACGGAGAGUUCAGCGUUCUGGCACUUUUCAUCCUCAUGGUGGCGCUGUGGUUCACACGAGACCCGCGCUUCAUGGACGGCUGGGCGACGCACAUGUUCAACUCCAAAGCUGAGUUCGUCACAGAUGCAACCGUUGCCUUGUUUGUUGCUGUUUUGUUGUUUGUUCUUCCCUCCGAGCCGCCGCGAUACCUCUGCUCCGACACAGAGUCUCAGGUCUCUCGAGGCCCCGCCCCUUCUCUGCUCACCUGGCAGGUGACUCAGAAGAAGAUGCCCUGGAAUAUUGUCCUGCUGCUGGGAGGCGGCUUUGCUUUGGCCAAAGGCAGUGAGGAGUCGGGUUUGUCGCGUUGGCUCGGUGAUCAGAUGACGCCGCUCCACUCAAUCCCUCCAUGGGCCAUCGCCAUCAUCCUCUGCCUGCUCGUUGCCACCUUCACUGAAUGUGCAAGCAACGUUGCAACAGCAACUCUCUUCCUGCCCAUCCUGGCUUCCAUGUCCCAGUCCAUCAGCUUGAAUCCUCUGUACGUGAUGAUCCCCUGCACCCUCAGCGCCUCCUUCGCCUUCAUGCUGCCAGUGGCUACUCCACCCAAUGCCAUUGUGUUUUCCUCCGGUUUCCUCAAAGUGUCCGACAUGCACAACACAAAGCUGCCGUACUGGAUCAACGAUCAAAACACUUAA